AUGGGGUUGGUUUCGUCCGACAGAGGCCAAGGAGCGCUGCCGGAGCACCACAACAUGAACAUAGAUGAGCUCCUAACGUCGGUGAUGGGCGCAGCCGGCGGCCAGCCGAUGCUGCACAGGAGAAAAUGGUCGGACCUGCCGGAUCAGCAGAUGAUCGUGCAUGAAUUCGGGGAAUCGGCUGCGCUGGACGAAUUCCUGAUCCGGUCCGGCGGAAUCAACCUUAAUGCCCCGGCGGCGUCGUCGUCGAAGCUUUUGGGCGUGGAUCCGGUGGAGGUGGUGCAGAGGCAGCAGCAGCAGCAGGAGCAGUGGCUCCAGUACCAAUUGCACGCCAACCAGCAGCAGCAGCACAAUUUGGCGAUGCUCAGCGCGGGCCUUCUGGAUUCGGCGGGGCUGGCCGAGGCCCAGCAGCUUCUUAUGCAGGCAGCGCCGCAAGCGAUGGAUCACUCCUUCAUGGAGUCGAGCGCCACCAGCGAGGCGCCAAAGGCUGUGGGGAAGCGGUGCAUGGACGAGAGGAAGCAGAAGAGGAUGCUAAAGAAUCGAGAGUCGGCGGCACGGUCCAGGGCGAGAAAGCAAGCGUACGUGAGGCGGUUGGAGGAAGAGCUGGAGCACUUGAAGAAGACGAACCAUAUGCUCCGGAAGCAGUACUGGUUCUUCACACAACCUGCAAACUGCAAUUUAGAAAGAACCAAGGGGCCAUCUUCAGUCUGA